AUGGUGCCGUUUUCAAGUCACGUUGGGUUCUUCCUCCUUCACCUUGUGGUGCACAUUGUAUUUUACGUUGUUCCAGGGACGCUAUUUAAUCUGCUUUUCCGCUGGCCCAUAUGCCUACUUGAGUGGAUGAUUGGGGUAAAGGAGUUUACGCUUGCCCCGUGGAAGGAGCGCCGCGUCGCGACCGCCCGAUCGCUGCGGAGUUCUGCCGUCUACGAUUCCUUCGGGUUGGGUGGCUGCACCAAGUACGAGGGGCCCAUGUACAAUGGCCACGUGCACACCAUUCUCGCCCCUCUGCGUCCGUGUUGUAAAGUUGACUACGCCCGUGAGACGGUGCCGGCGGAGGAUGGCAACCCACUCUGUAUUGACUGCCUGCCCCCAACGCCGGACGGCGGCACAGCCGUGCGGGGGUUGGUGCUGAUUGUCCCAGGUCUUUUGAGCAGCUCGCUAUCGGGCUACUUACGGCGCACGGCGACCCUGCUCUCCCGAGAGGGUUUUUAUGUUGCGGUGCUGAAUGCGCGCGGGGUUCGGGGUACGCCCCUGGAACGACCUCAGCUUUUUAGCGCUGUGUACACCGCGGAUCUCCGCCAUGUGUUAAAGAACCACUUUAACCCGAGACAAGUCCAAGAACGGCUGAAGUGCGGUCAACCAAGGCCUCUGGUUGCGUUGGGACUCUCCUUUGGUGGGGUUGUCCUCUGCAAGUAUCUCGGAGAACAGGGACUCCGGAAGGAUCCGAGCCAGUUGAGCGCAGCCAUUGCCUUAAACACACCGUAUGAUUUAAAUGCGUCGGAUGAAGCUAUGAGUCAUUUCUUGUACGGGCGUGGCUUCGUCAAGGGACUGAUUGCCUACGCGGACCGUCACAAGACGGUCAUGCAACAGCUACCCUUUGUAAACACCGAGCUGCUAUUUAAGGGGAACCACCCGCUCUUGUACCGGCUAGGCUCGGUUGCCCAAUUUGACCGCUACAUCACUGCCCCACACUUUGGCUUCAGUUCAGCCGAGGAGUACUACAACGCUGCAAACUGCUUUGCUUCGCUGUUAACGGCACAAGUUCCCGUCCUGUGCAUCGCCACUCGCGAUGAUCCCAUCUGCGGCAGGCCACAAAGCAUUCGUCGCUGGGAGAGGCUCGCGAACAUCAAUGCAAAUGUGACAUAUGCUGAGCUGCCCUCUGGAGGGCACUUGGGGUUCCUUGGCAGUCCGAUUGCCGAGCUGCAACAAGGGGCAAAUGAGGGGGAGCGACUUAUUCUACGGGCUCUGCAGUGCUUCUGCGCAAAUGUUCGGGAAAAACAGAACUUGGCGUGA